AUGGAGGCAGCAUCAUACCUAAGCGAGGAUUUGGUUGUUGAAAUCCUGUCGAAGCUGCCCGUGCAACCCAAUCUGAGCUUGGUCUGCAGAUCAUGGCGGUCCCUCAUCCUCACCCCCAAAUUCCUUUCCUUGCACCUCCGCCAUAACCGCCGCUGUAAAUUAAGAGGAGAGAGAGAGGAUGAGAGGUUCAGAAGUGGUCAUAAGGUGGUAGGUGAAGGGAAGGGGCCUUUAGACAAAGGAACUGUAGAGGAUAGAGGUCAGGGUAGUAGAGUCCAGGGAGAGGGGGUUGAUCAAUCAGUCAAUUUGAAUUUCGAUGAUAAUCUGGUCGUGGAUGUUCAUGUUCAAAAUCCAUCUCAAUUGAUUGAAGUUAAUAUUCAACAUGUUUCUACUGGAAGUAAACCUGUACAGAGGAGGAGGAAAAUAGCUAUUAGAAAAAACAGAGGGUCUCUUGAUGUUAUUCGAGAAAACAUGGUAGUUGAUAAAGAUGGGUCUGGUAAUGUAGAGCAAGAGGGUAAUAAGAGGGGUAGUAAGAUGGUUUUGGAGGGUAGUAAUAAAGUAGAUACUGUUCUGUUUAUCCUCUGGUGGCUAGUGAAACUAUGGCGAUCUUCUGGUGCAACAACGGCAGCGGCGGUGAAGGGGUACAGUGUCCGAGGUAGCGCCAGAGUGGAGUGCGGUGACGGCGUCGGUGGUUGUGAGCAGUGGAUGUGCGGGACAGUGCUUCCGGCGAUUUCCGGCAACUGUAACCUUGACAUCCAGGUUGGCGACCAUGGUCUAGCAAGGGGAGGGCGAAUAUCACGGCGAAGAGGGCAGCGUGAAGGGCGGAGCCGGGGGAAGUUUAGGGCGGAUCUGGCGACCGGUUAUGGAAGAUGUGUUUCAGAGUGUGUGUGUAUUGUGUGA